AUGUCUGAGCAAAAGGUGCACCCCUUGAUUGCGCAAUGCAUAGUUAUCAUAUUUCUUGCUCGUGAAGGAGUUACAACGGGGGAAAUUUGCCAAAGAUUGAAUGCACAGUUCAGUGAUAAAACAUUAUCAAGGACACAUGUGUUUGCCUGGCAUAAAAAGUUCAAGGAAGGAGAACGUGUGGAAAAUCAGCAACAUGAUUGCCGUCCUUGGACCAGAAUUACAAACAAAAACAUUUGUGUGGUUAAAGACAUUAUUGACGAUGAUCGACGGGCAAGAGUAUCAGAAAUUGCACAAAAAGUUGGAAUCAGUUAUGAGAGCUGUCAAGCAAUCAUCACCAACUACCUACAGUUCCAUUUUUUACGGAAUAUCUGA